AUAAGCAAGGCAGAAUUAAAUAUUUUGAAAACUCACAGCAGGCGGCGAGAUGUCAUUUAAUUACUAAAACUGUGGGGGUUUUGAACAGGACUGUAAAGUUCUUGAAUAUACUUUUAUAAAAAAUCUGGAUUAUUUCAAGGCGUUUGUCUCACGGUUGGAUUGAAUUUCUUCAAAUACGACAUGGACAUGUCGCAAAACCCAUUAACCAAGCUAACACACCAAUUGAUCAACCAUUUCGCAAGCUAUCCAGAGGACUCAUAUGCGGCACGUGCCACGCGCUACGGCGAGCUGAUCCGCUAUCAGAAUGAGAACCUCGUCGAUUGUGGUGAUCUGAGUAUUGCGGCAAGUAAGAUAAACUGGGAAUGCUUUUGCCAGAAACAUGGACUGCAGUUGCGGAUUCUAACGGAGCAGCUGCUACCCGAUGAGAAGUCAAAGGAGGAUCUGCUGGAACAAAGCAAACAAUGGAUAUUCCCGCUGCAAUCUGUCAAAAAGGUGCACAGGGAACGCUUCGCGCUGCGUUUCCAUCGUGCUCCCAUCAUUAUCAAUGUCCUCAAUUCCAUACUAACAAAAGGCGAAAGUUACGGUAAGCAUUCAAAUCUGGAGGACGAUGGGACGAUCUUGCCGCCUAGUCUUUGCCUUACGCUCAACGAACGUUUUUCGGACCUGGAAGUGGGCAACACAAAAGAGCUGCAUAAGUUCCGUGCCAAACAGCUGUAUCUCAUUGUGUGUCGCCUGCUGGCGUAUGCCAACUGGCGUCUGGUUGAGCCACAGAAUCAGACAGAUGACACUUUGGUAGUCAGCGUCGAGUGCAACAAUCUGCCACGUCGCACCUCUAUCGACCUGCCGGAAAAGAAGAUAGUGCGCAUGGUGUGCGGCCCAGUGCUGGAGCCAACCAAAAAGACGGCCGCAACUUUGACCAGCGGCAGCUACAUGGCACUGCGCUCCAAUGACAUGCUAUUAAUAGCCAUGCAUCGGCAUGGCGUGCGCGACUGUGCCAAGCGAAAUAACUUUGAGAGCCUGAUGGAGCGUCUUGGCCAUGCGGCUGUUAUUGUGGAUCUGUUCGAGGUACGACAUAGCACGGGCGCCACUGUGGUGCGCAAUGGCUUGGGCAGCUCUAAGGGCGCCAACUAUAUACUGUACAAUUCCGCACGACUCGAAACAUUACUGCGCACCUUUUCCGCACAGGUGGAUGCGGGCGUCUAUGAACCUUUGCCGCCCAUAGAGAAAAUCGAUCUGAGUGUACUUGAAGAUGAGCUCGACUGGCAGCUGAUCUAUGGGUAUUUGCUCACCUUUCCGGAGGUGGUGGAGUCAACGCUAAUUCACCUCGAUCAAGGUCUGUGCGCCGUCCAUUUGCUCGUUCGCUACAUUGUCGACUUGGCUAGCUUAUUCAGUCGCUACUAUCGCAACAAACAAAUACUCGUGCAGCAGCGAACGAAUCUGAUGCCCGUGCUCUAUGCUCGCAUCUAUUUAGUCAAGGCGGUGCGAGAGGUGCUAAACGCAGCGCUGGCGUUGCUGGGCAUCCAGCCCGUGGAUUAUAUGUAAGACUCACAGACAGUUUU